GGAAAGAUGCUAUUUUUUUCUUUUUGCAGAACAGACAUACUUUCCUUUUUUCAGAGAGCCAGUACCAUCCUUCUGUGUCUCUGUCUGUGCUGGCUUCCAGUAAACUUGUAGUAAAAUUCAAUGUAUAGCUCAGCCCCAGCCCCCAAAGACUGGGAGAGAAUGAAAGUUACUUUUAUUCUUAGGCCACAGUGUGAAGUCUUGACACCGUUAGAGAUUUUAUGCUGAAACUCUCCAGUGGAACACAGAACAUCACAAAAUUCCUGGUUUCUGGACUAUCAAAGCGAGGGUUGACAGUUUGGCUCCUGGCUGCCGUGGAUGACCGAGUCAUUACCUUAGCUCCAAAACCAAGUUACUGGUUAAACUACUUCAAGACCCCAGUUAUUGGAUUGGGAUCCACCCUAACUCAGUAUGGCCUCAGCUUAACGAAUGACAUCUGCAGAGACCCUAUUUCUACUAAAAGCCACAUUCUGAGGCUUCUCAUGGACUUGAGUCUUUGAGAGACACUGUUCUGCUCCACGCAGGGAGGGAACCCGGAACUGAAGGCGUUGCAUUUGAGGUCUCGGGUUUCCUCUUCCGAUGAGCAGCCUCGUCCGGCCCCUGAGGCAGGGGUGAUGUCUGUGACUCAGGGUCUACACCCUGCCUGCUGUGGAAUCUCCAUCACAACCACAGGUGUUUUGGAGGCCGGUGUACAGGCCCUGCACACGCUGAACGUCACUGGGAACAUGGACACACCCCCCUUCUAGAAGAUAGAACACAUCAACCCCCACUCCAGGCAUUGCACAAAAUAGGCCAUCUGGGCCAUGGUGGGGGUGAACAUCCAGCCUGGAGGCCCUGGAACAAGCCUGCUGAGAGCCUCCAGUUGGGGGCACACACGGGCAACACCUGGCCUAGUGAUGCCCCACCUGGGCUGCGCAUUGAGGCCACUGGGGAACUUUUAAAGGACUGAUGUCUGAUUUCUCCGGGGACUCCGAGGCGAGUGGGAACGAGAGCCAUCCCCAGUGCAGGACACGCCGUUGACUUCCAUGAGACAAACACCUACUUGGAAAUCAGUUUUUUUUCUGUACCUUUUGACAGAGCAGGAAUUUCCCAGCAUUUCCCAGACAAAGACAGAGAUACCACUGUGUAAGGAAAGGCCAAGAUGACAAUGACCCCGGACGUCAGACUAGAGUAUCUGGAGGAAGUUGCCUCCAUCGUCCUAAAGUUCAAGCCGGACAAGUGGAGCAAACUGAUGGGCGCUGAGGAGAACGUGGCCCUGUUCACAGAGUUCUUUGAAAAGCCUGACGUCCGGGUGCUGGUGCUGACACUCAAUGCAGCCGGCAUGAUCGUACCCUGCCUGGGCUUCCCCGAGUCCCUCAAGUCCAAAGGGGUUUACUUUAUCAAGACAAAGCCCGAUAACAUCAACAAGGACAACUACAAGGCCCGGCUCCUUUACGGUGACAUCAGCCCCACGCCCGUGGACCAGCUGAUCUCAGUGGUGGAGGAGGUCCUCUAUUCUCUGUUAAACCAACGCGAGAACACGGCUGGAUGGCCCCAGGUGGUCUCAGAAGACAUCGUGAAGCAGGUCCACAGGCUGAAGAACGAAAUGUUUGUGAUGAGUGGCAAGAUCAAAGGCAAAACCCUGCUGCCCAUCCCAGAGCACCUGGGCAACCUGGACGGCACGCUGGAGUCCAUGGAGAGGAUCCCCUCUUCGCUGGACAACUCGCUCCUGCACGCCAUGGAGACCAUCAUCAUCGACUGGUCCCACCAGAUCCGGGAUGUGCUGAGCAAAGACUCAGCCCAGGCGCUGCUGGACGGGCUGCACCCCCUGCCCCGAGUGGAGUUUGAGUUCUGGGAUGCCCGGCUGCUGAACCUCAAGUGCAUCCAUGAGCAGCUAAACAGACCCAAAGUGAACAAGAUUGUUGAGAUCCUAGAGAAAGCCAAAAGCUGCUACUGGCCAGCCCUGCAAAACGUUUACACCAACGUCACGGAAGGGCUGAAGGAAGCCAACGACAUUGUGCUCUAUUUGAAGCCUCUACGGAUACUGCUGGAGGAGAUGGAGCAAGCCGACUUCACGAUGCUCCCCACCUUUAUCGCCAAGGUGCUGGACACCAUCUGCUUUAUCUGGGCCACCUCUGAGUACUAUAACACACCUGUCAGGAUCAUCGUCAUCCUGCAGGAGUUCUGCAACCAAAUCAUCGAGAUGACACGGACCUUCCUGAGCCCGGAAGAGGUGCUGAAGGGUCUGCAGGGCGAAAUCGAGGAAGUCCUGAGCGGCGUCUCCCUGGCCGUGCACGUGCUGAAGGAGCUCUACCAGACGUACGACUUCUGCUGCACGAACAUGAAGCUUUUCUUUAAGGACAAAGAGCCCGUGCCUUGGGAGUUCCCUUCUUCUCUUGCCUUUUCCAGGAUGAAUUCCUUCUCCCACCGCAUCCAGACCAUUGAGGAACUCUAUAAAACAGCGAUUGAGUUUCUGAAGCUGGAGAAAAUCGAGCUUGGGGGCGUGCGUGGGAACCUCCUUGGGAACCUGGUGACCCAGAUCUAUGACGAGGUCUUUGAGCUGGUGAAGGUUUUUGCUGACUGCAAAUAUGACCCCUUGGACCCUGGAGACUCGAAUUUUGACUGUGAUUAUGCUGAUUUUGAGAUCAAAAUCCAAGACCUGGAUAGGAGGCUGGCCACGAUCUUUUGCCAAGGAUUUGAGGACUGCAGCUCUAUUGAGUCCUCUGCAAAGCUCCUGUAUAUGUGUGGGGGCCUCCUGGAGCGGCCCCUGAUUCUUGCCGAGGUGGUGCCCAGGUAUUCAGUCAUGCUGGAGCUGUUUGACGCUGAGCUGGACAAUGCCAAGAUCUUGUAUGAUGCCCAGAUCGCAGCCUCCGAGGAGGGCAACAUUCCCCUGAUCCACAAAAACAUGCCUCCCGUGGCCGGGCAGCUCAAGUGGAGCCUGGAGCUGCAGGAGAGGCUGGAGGUGUCCAUGAAACACCUGAAGCACAUUGAACACCCGGUCAUGUCUGGAGCGGAGGCCAAGUUGAUUUAUCAGAAGUAUGAUGAGAUGAUGGAGCUGCUGAGGUCCCACCGCGAGAAGAUCUACCAGCAGUGGGUGGCGGGCGUGGACCAGGACUGCCACUUCAACCUGGGGCAGCCACUAAUUCUGCGGGACGCCUCCAGCAACCUCAUCCACGUCAACUUCAGCAAAGCGUUGGUGGCAGUUCUGAGAGAAGUCAAGUAUUUGAAUUUCCAGCAACAGAAAGAGAUUCCAGACAGUGCAGAGAGUCUGUUCUCAGAGAACGAAACUUUCCGGAAGUUUGUGGGCAACCUGGAGCUGAUCGUUGGCUGGUAUAAUGAGAUAAAGACUACAGUGAAGGCAGUAGAAUUUCUACUAAUAAAGUCAGAACUGGAAGCAAUCGAUGUCAAAUUACUGAGCGCUGAGACGACAUUGUUCUGGAAUGGCGAAGGUGUGUUUCAGUACAUUCAAGAGGUGCGAGAAAUUCUGCACAACUUGCAGAGCAGGAUGCAAAAGGCAAAACAAAAUAUAGAAGGAAUUUCACAGGCUAUGAAGGACUGGUCGGCCAACCUGCUGUUUGAAAGAAAGGACAAUAAGAAAGAGGCCCUGUUAGACUUGGAUGGAAGAAUCGCCAACCUCAGCAAGCGCUACACAGCAGUCAGGGAUGCGGGCGUGAAGAUCCAAGCCAUGGUUGCAGAAAACGCAGAACUGUUCAGGGCAGAUACACUGAGUCUGCCCUGGAAGGAUUAUGUCAUCUACAUUGACGACAUGGUCUUAGACGAAUUUGACCAGUUCAUUCGCAAAUCUCUGAAUUUCCUGAUGGACAACAUGGUUACGGAUGAGAACAUCGCUCCCCUGUUUGAGAUCCGCAUGGAGCUGGAUGAGGAUGGGCUGACUUUCCACCCGUCUCUGGAGGUGGGCUCGGAGCAUGGCCUCCUGGUGCUGAUCGAGGGCCUGGUCAAUGACAUCUACAAUGUAGCCAGGCUCAUCCCUCGGUUGGCCAAGGGCAGGAUGAACUACAAGAUAGACCUGGAAGAUAACACAGAGCUCAUAGAGAUGAGGGAGGAGGUGUCCAGCCUGGUCAUCAGUGCCAUGAAGGAGGCCGAGGAGUACCAGGAUUCCUUUGAGAGGUACUCCUACCUCUGGACGGAUGACCUCCAGGAGUUUAUGAAUAAUUUCCUGAUAUAUGGGUGCGCAGUCACUGCGGAGGACUUGGAGACCCGGACAGAUGACACCAUCCCCAAGACACCGCCCACCCUGGCUCAGUUCCAGCAGCAGAUCGACUCCUACGAGAAGCUGUACGAGGAGGUGUCCGAGUGCGAGAACACCAAGGUGUUCCAUGGCUGGCUGCAGUGUGACUGUCGCCCCUUCAAGCAGGCCCUGCUCAGCACGAUCCGGCGCUGGGGCUUCAUGUUCAAGCAGCACCUGAGCAACCAUGUCACCAACAGCCUGGCUGACCUGGAAGCCUUCAUGAAAGUCGUCAGAAUGGGCUUGACCAAGCCCCUGAAGGAGGGGGACUAUGACGGGCUGGUGGAGGUGAUGGGGCACCUGAUGAAGGUCAAGGAGAGGCAGGUGGCCACCGACAACAUGUUUGAGCCCCUGAAGCAAACCAUCGAGCUGCUCAAGACCUACGGGGAGGAGAUGCCGGAGGAGAUCCACCUGAAGCUGCAGGAGCUGCCGGAGCACUGGACAAACACCAAGAAACUGGCCAUUCAGGUAAAGCAGAACGUGGCCCCACUCCAGGCCAACGAGGUCAGCAUCCUGCGGCGGAAAUGCCAGCAGUUCGAGCUCAAGCAGCACGAGUUCAGGGAGAAGUUCAGGCACAAGGCCCCGUUCUCCUUCAGCGACCCCAACCCCUACACGUCCCUGAAUAAGCAACAAAAGAGCAUCUCAGCCAUGGAAGGCAUCAUGGAGGCGCUGUCCAAGUCCGGGGGCCUGUUCGAGGUCACUGUCCCCGACUACAAGCAGCUCAAGGCCUGCCACCGGGAGGUCCGCCUGCUGAAGGAGCUCUGGGACAUGAUUGUCGUGGUAAAUACCAGCAUCGAGGACUGGAAGACCACCAAGUGGAAAGAUAUCAACGUUGAGCAGAUGGACAUAGAUUGUAAGAAGUUUGCCAAAGAUGUGAGGUCUUUGGACAAGGAGAUGAAAACCUGGGAUGCCUUUGUGGGGCUCGACAACACCGUGAAGAACAUGAUCACGUCCCUGCGUGCCGUGAGCGAGCUGCAGAACCCUGCCAUUCGGGAACGCCACUGGCAGCAGCUCAUGCAGGCCACCCAGGUGAAAUUUAAAAUGUCAGAAGAGACAACCCUGGCAGAUUUAUUGCAGCUGAACCUCCACAGUUACGAGGAUGAGGUCCGCAACAUCGUGGACAAGGCCGUGAAGGAGUCUGGCAUGGAAAAGGUGCUGAAAGCCCUGGACAGUACCUGGAGCAUGAUGGAAUUCGAGCACGAGCCGCACCCGCGGACGGGCACCAUGAUGCUCAAGUCCAACGAGGUGCUGGUGGAGACGCUGGAGGACAACCAAGUACAGCUGCAGAACCUGAUGACGUCCAAGUACCUGGCCCACUUCCUGAAGGAGGUGACGAGCUGGCAGCAGAAGCUGUCCAUGGCGGACUCCGUCAUCUCCAUCUGGUUUGAGGUCCAGCGAACCUGGAGCCACCUGGAGAGCAUCUUCAUCGGCUCCGAAGACAUCCGUGCCCAGCUCCCGGAGGACUCCCAGCGCUUUGAUGACAUCGACCAGGAAUUCAAGGCCUUGAUGGAAGAUGCAGUAAAAACACCCAACGUGGUGGAAGCCACCAGCAAACCCGGCCUCUACGAUAAACUGGAGGCUCUGAAGAAGAGCUUGGCCAUCUGUGAAAAAGCUUUGUCAGAGUAUUUAGAGACCAAGAGACUGGCUUUCCCCAGGUUCUAUUUUGUCUCCUCGGCUGACCUCCUGGACAUUCUCUCCAAUGGCAAUGACCCCGUGGAGGUGAGCCGCCACCUGUCCAAACUCUUCGAUAGCCUGUGUAAGCUAAAGUUCCAGCUCGAUGCCAAUGACAAACCUCUCAAGGUGGGCCUGGGAAUGUACAGCAAGGAGGACGAGUACAUGGUUUUUGAUCAGGAAUGCGACCUCUCGGGGCAGGUGGAAGUGUGGCUGAAUCGAGUGCUGGACCGAAUGUGCUCCACUCUCCGGCACGAAAUUCCAGAGGCCGUGGUGACCUACGAAGAGAAGCCGAGGGAGCAGUGGAUCCUGGACUACUCGGCCCAGGUGGCCCUGACUUGCACCCAGAUCUGGUGGACGACCGAGGUGGGCCUGGCGUUUGCCAGGCUGGAGGAAGGAUAUGAAAACGCUAUCAAAGAUUAUAACAAAAAGCAGAUUAGCCAGCUGAAUGUACUCAUCACGCUUCUCAUUGGGAACCUCAACGCUGGCGACAGGAUGAAGAUCAUGACCAUCUGCACCAUCGAUGUGCAUGCGCGGGACGUGGUGGCCAAAAUGAUCGUGGCCAAGGUGGAGAGUUCUCAGGCCUUCACCUGGCAGGCCCAGCUCCGGCAUCGCUGGGAUGAAGAGAAGCGACACUGCUUUGCCAACAUCUGUGAUGCCCAAAUCCAGUAUUCCUACGAGUAUCUGGGCAACACGCCGCGGCUGGUCAUCACCCCACUCACCGACAGGUGCUAUAUCACCCUGACCCAGUCCCUCCAUCUCAUCAUGGGCGGAGCCCCCGCCGGCCCCGCUGGGACCGGUAAGACUGAGACGACCAAGGAUCUGGGCAGAGCCCUGGGCACCAUGGUCUACGUCUUCAACUGCUCCGAGCAGAUGGACUACAAGUCCUGUGGAAAUAUCUACAAAGGCCUAGCCCAGACGGGAGCCUGGGGCUGCUUUGAUGAGUUUAAUCGCAUCUCGGUGGAAGUCUUGUCUGUGAUUGCUGUGCAGGUAAAAUGUGUCCAGGAUGCAAUUCGGGCCAAGAAAAAAACAUUCAAUUUCCUGGGAGAGAUCAUAGGCCUCAUUCCCACUGUCGGUAUCUUCAUCACUAUGAACCCUGGGUACGCCGGACGCACGGAGCUGCCUGAGAACCUAAAAGCCUUAUUCAGGCCCUGUGCCAUGGUCGUCCCCGACUUCGAACUGAUAUGCGAGAUUAUGCUGGUGGCCGAGGGCUUUCUGGAAGCCCGCCUCCUGGCCAGGAAGUUCAUCACCCUGUACACCUUGUGCAAGGAGCUGCUGUCGAAGCAGGAUCAUUACGACUGGGGCCUGAGAGCCAUCAAGUCUGUGCUGGUGGUGGCCGGCUCCCUGAAGAGGGGCGACCCCAGCCGGGCGGAGGACCAGGUGCUGAUGCGGGCGCUGAGGGAUUUCAACAUCCCCAAGAUUGUGACCGACGACCUGCCCGUGUUCAUGGGACUGAUCGGGGACCUCUUCCCAGCUCUGGACGUGCCUCGGAAACGAGACCUGAAUUUUGAAAAGAUCAUCAAGCAGAGCAUCGUGGAGCUCAAGCUGCAGGCGGAGGACAGCUUCGUGCUGAAGGUGGUGCAACUGGAGGAGCUGCUGCAGGUCCGCCAUUCGGUGUUCGUCAUCGGGAACGCGGGCAGUGGCAAAUCUCAGGUCCUCAAAUCCCUCAACAAGACCUAUCAGAACCUGAAGAGGAAGCCGGUCGCUGUGGACCUGGACCCCAAGGCCGUCACCUGUGACGAGCUCUUUGGCAUCAUCAACCCAGCAACCAGGGAAUGGAAAGAUGGCCUGUUCUCCACCAUCAUGCGAGACCUGGCCAACAUCACCCAUGACGGCCCCAAGUGGAUCAUCCUUGACGGGGACAUAGACCCCAUGUGGAUCGAGUCUCUCAACACCGUCAUGGAUGACAACAAGGUCCUCACCCUGGCCAGCAAUGAGCGGAUCCCACUGAACCGCACCAUGAGGCUGGUGUUCGAAAUCAGCCACCUGAGGACGGCCACCCCAGCCACCGUCUCCAGAGCCGGCAUCCUCUACAUCAACCCAGCCGACCUGGGAUGGAACCCGGUGGUGAGCAGCUGGAUCGAGAGGCGCAAGGUGCAGUCGGAGAAGGCCAACCUAAUGAUCCUCUUUGACAAGUACCUACCCACGUGCCUGGACAAGCUGCGCUUUGGGUUCAAGAAGAUCACGCCAGUGCCGGAGAUCACGGUGAUCCAAAUGAUCCUGUACCUGCUGGAGUGCCUGCUCACGGAGAAGACUGUGCCCCCCGACUCCCCCAAGGAGCUGUACGAGCUGUACUUCGUGUUUGCCUGCUUCUGGGCCUUCGGCGGGGCCAUGUUCCAGGACCAGCUUGUAGAUUAUCGAGUGGAGUUCAGCAAAUGGUGGAUCAAUGAAUUUAAAACCAUCAAGUUCCCCUCGCAGGGAACGAUUUUCGACUACUACAUUGAUCCUGACACGAAAAAGUUCCUGCCCUGGACAGAUAAAGUGCCCUCCUUUGAGCUGGAUCCUGAUGUCCCACUGCAGGCCUCUUUGGUCCACACCACGGAAACCAUCCGCCUCCGCUACUUCAUGGACCUGCUCAUGGAGAAGUCCUGGCCAGUGAUGCUGGUGGGGAACGCGGGGACGGGCAAGUCGGUGAUGAUGGGGGACAAGCUGGAAAGCCUGAACACCGACUACUACCUGGUGCAGGCCGUGCCCUUCAACUUCUACACGACCUCAGCCAUGCUGCAGGGGGUGCUGGAGAAGCCACUGGAGAAGAAAUCGGGGAGGAACUACGGGCCACCAGGCACUAAGAAGCUCAUCUACUUCAUCGACGACAUGAACAUGCCCGAGGUGGACAAGUAUGGGACGGUGGCCCCACACACCCUCAUCCGGCAGCACAUGGACCACCGGCACUGGUACGACAGACAUAAGCUGACGUUAAAAGACGUCCAUAACUGUCAGUACGUGGCCUGCAUGAACCCCACUUCUGGAUCCUUCACCAUCGACCCCAGGCUUCAGCGCCAUUUCUGCGUGUUUGCUGUGAGCUUCCCCGGCCAGGAGGCCCUCACCACCAUCUACAACACGAUCCUGACACAGCACCUGGCCUUCCGCUCGGUCUCCAUGGCUACUCAGAGGAUAAGCAACCAGCUGGUGGCCGCAGCCCUGGCUUUGCAUCAGAAAGUUGCGGCAACAUUUCUUCCCACGGCCAUUAAGUUUCAUUAUGUCUUCAACCUCAGGGACCUCUCCAAUAUUUUCCAGGGACUCUUAUUUUCCACAGCAGAAGUUCUGAAAACCCCACUGGACCUUGUCCGCCUUUGGCUACAUGAGGCUGAACGAGUGUAUGGUGACAAAAUGGUUGACGAAAAAGACCAGGAAACAUUGCAUAGAGUCACCAUGGCCUCCACCAAGAAGUUCUUUGAUGAUCUUGGUGAUGAGCUCUUAUUUGCCAAGCCAAAUAUCUUCUGCCACUUUGCUCAAGGGAUUGGCGAUCCUAAAUACGUUCCUGUAACCGACGUGGCUCCUCUGAACAAGCUCCUCGUGGACGUCCUGGACAGCUACAAUGAAAUUAAUGCAGUCAUGAAUUUGGUGCUGUUUGAGGAUGCCGUGGCUCACAUCUGCAGGAUUAAUCGCAUCUUGGAGUCUCCCCGGGGGAAUGCCCUGCUGGUGGGGGUGGGUGGCAGUGGCAAACAGAGCCUCUCCCGCCUGGCAGCAUACAUCAGCGGCCUUGAUGUGUUUCAAAUCACUCUCAAGAAGGGCUACGGGAUCCCCGACCUCAAGGUCGACCUCGCUGCUCAGUACAUAAAGGCUGCCGUGAAGAACGUUCCCUCGGUGUUCCUGAUGACGGACUCCCAGGUGGCCGAGGAGCAGUUUCUGGUGCUGAUCAAUGACCUGCUGGCCUCAGGAGAGAUCCCUGGGCUGUUUAUGGAGGAUGAGGUGGAGAACAUCGUCUCCUCCAUGCGACCCCAAGUCAAGACCCUUGGCAUGAACGACACUCGGGAAGCAUGUUGGAAAUUCUUCAUCGAAAAAGUGCGCAGACAGCUCAAGGUGAUCCUGUGUUUCUCCCCUGUGGGCUCCGUGCUGCGGGUACGAGCCAGAAAAUUCCCAGCUGUGGUCAACUGCACGGCCAUCGACUGGUUCCAUGAGUGGCCGGAAGAUGCCCUGGUGUCCGUCAGUGCGCGCUUCCUGGAGGAGACCGAGGGAAUUCCACAGGAAGUCAAGGCCUCCAUCAGCUUCUUCAUGUCCUACGUGCACACCACAGUCAACGAGAUGUCCAGGGUGUACCUGGCUACUGAGAGGCGCUACAACUACACCACACCCAAAACCUUUCUGGAGCAGAUCAAACUCUACCAGAACCUGCUGGCCAAGAAGAGAAUGGAGCUUGUUGCCAAAAUCGAGAGGCUGGAGAACGGCCUGAUGAAGCUGCAGAGCACAGCUUCCCAGGUGGAUGACUUGAAAGCCAAGCUGGCGAUUCAGGAGGCUGAGCUCAAGCAGAAGAAUGAGAGUGCAGAUAAACUGAUCCAGGUGGUCGGCAUCGAGACCGAGAAGGUCAGCAAAGAGAAGGCCAUUGCUGACGAGGAGGAAGUCAAGGUUGAGGUCAUCAAUAAGAAUGUCACCGAGAAGCAAAAGGCGUGUGAAACGGACCUGGCCAAAGCAGAACCAGCCCUACUGGCAGCCCAGGAGGCUCUGGACACUCUGAAUAAGAACAACCUGACAGAGCUGAAGUCCUUUGGGUCCCCCCCGGACGCCGUGGUCAACGUCACCGCCGCCGUCAUGAUUCUGACCGCACCUGGGGGCAAGAUCCCCAAGGACAAGAGCUGGAAGGCGGCCAAGAUCAUGAUGGGCAAGGUGGACACCUUCCUAGACUCCCUGAAGAAGUUCGACAAGGAGCACAUCCCUGAGGCCUGCCUGAAGGCCUUCAAGCCCUACCAAGGCAACCCGACGUUCGACCCCGAGUUCAUCCGCUCCAAGUCCACAGCCGCCGCCGGCCUCUGCUCCUGGUGCAUCAACAUCGUCCGCUUCUACGAGGUCUACUGCGACGUGGCGCCCAAGAGGCAGGCCUUGGAGGAGGCUAAUGCAGAGCUGGCAGAGGCGCAAGAGAAGCUGUCCCGGAUCAAAAACAAGAUUGCCGAACUUAACGCCAACCUGAGCAACCUAACCUCAGCGUUUGAAAAAGCAACAGCUGAGAAAAUCAAGUGUCAGCAAGAGGCCGAUGCCACGAACAGGGUGAUCUUACUGGCGAACAGGCUGGUGGGGGGAUUAGCAUCGGAAAACGUCCGCUGGGCUGAGUCUGUGGAGAACUUCAGGAGCCAGGGGGUCACGCUGUGUGGGGACGUCCUGCUCAUCUCUGCCUUCGUGUCCUAUGUGGGCUACUUCACCAAGAAAUACCGGAAUGAGCUGAUGGAGAAAUUCUGGAUCCCUUACAUACAUAACUUAAAGGUCCCCAUCCCGAUCACAAAUGGCCUGGAUCCCUUGAGCCUGCUGACAGAUGAUGCGGACGUGGCCACCUGGAACAACCAGGGCCUCCCCAGCGACCGCAUGUCCACCGAGAAUGCCACCAUCCUGUGCAACACCGAGCGGUGGCCGCUGAUUGUGGACGCCCAGCUCCAAGGAAUCAAGUGGAUCAAAAACAAAUACAGCAGUGAACUGAAAGCCAUCCGCCUGGGACAGAAGAGCUACCUGGAUGUCAUCGAGCAGGCCAUCUCGGAAGGGGACACCUUGCUCAUUGAGAACAUUGGCGAAACCGUGGACCCCGUGCUGGACCCUCUACUGGGCAGGAACACAAUUAAAAAGGGAAAGUACAUUAAGAUUGGUGACAAGGAGGUGGAGUACCACCCCAAGUUCCGCCUGAUCCUGCACACCAAGUACUUCAACCCGCACUACAAGCCAGAGAUGCAGGCUCAGUGCACCCUCAUCAACUUCCUGGUCACCAGGGAUGGACUCGAGGACCAACUCUUGGCCGCUGUGGUGGCCAAAGAGCGCCCAGAUCUAGAACAGCUGAAGGCAAACCUCACUAAGUCUCAAAACGAAUUUAAGAUUACUCUGAAAGAGCUGGAAGAUUCGCUCCUGGCCCGUCUGUCGGCUGCGUCGGGGAACUUUCUGGGAGACACAGCUUUGGUGGAGAAUCUGGAGACCACCAAGCACACAGCCAGCGAGAUCGAGGAGAAGGUGGUAGAGGCAAAAAUCACAGAAGUUAAAAUCAACGAGGCGAGAGAGAACUACCGCCCAGCUGCGGAGCGGGCAUCUCUGCUCUACUUCAUACUGAACGACCUCAACAAAAUCAACCCCAUCUACCAGUUCUCCCUCAAGGCCUUCAACGUGGUGUUUGAGAAAGCCAUCCAGAGGACCACCCCUGCCAGUGAGGUGAAGCAGCGGGUGAUCAACCUGACAGACGAGAUCACCUAUUCCGUCUACAUGUACACGGCCCGGGGACUCUUCGAGAGGGACAAACUCAUUUUCUUGGCACAAGUUACAUUUCAGGUCCUGUCCAUGAAGAAGGAGCUGAACCCAGUGGAGCUGGAUUUCCUCCUGCGGUUCCCUUUUAAGGCCGGGGUGGUCUCACCAGUGGACUUCCUGCAGCACCAAGGCUGGGGCGGGAUCAAGGCCCUCUCAGAGAUGGAUGAGUUCAAAAACCUGGACAGUGACAUCGAAGGAUCUGCCAAGCGCUGGAAAAAACUGGUGGAGUCGGAAGCCCCCGAGAAGGAGAUCUUCCCCAAGGAGUGGAAGAACAAGACCGCCCUGCAGAAGCUAUGCAUGGUGCGCUGCAUGCGGCCGGACCGCAUGACCUAUGCCGUCAAGAACUUCGUGGAGGAAAAGAUGGGCAGCAAGUUCGUGGAAGGCCGGAGUGUUGAGUUUUCUAAGUCCUACGAGGAGAGCAGCCCCUCCACGCCAAUAUUCUUCAUCCUCUCCCCCGGGGUGGACCCCUUGAAAGACGUGGAAGCCCUGGGAAAAAAACUAGGGUUUACCAUAGACAAUGGAAAACUCCAUAAUGUGUCCCUGGGGCAGGGACAAGAAGUGGUGGCUGAGGACGCUCUGGAUGUGGCUGCAGAGAAAGGACACUGGGUCAUUCUGCAGAACAUCCACCUGGUGGCCCGGUGGCUGGGGACGCUGGACAAGAAGCUGGAGCGCUACAGCACGGGUAGCCAUGAGGAUUACCGGGUGUUCAUCAGCGCGGAGCCUGCCCCCAGCCCCGAGACCCACAUCAUCCCCCAGGGCAUCCUGGAGAAUGCCAUCAAGAUCACCAACGAACCCCCCACGGGCAUGCAUGCCAACCUGCACAAGGCCCUGGACCUGUUCACCCAGGACACCCUGGAGAUGUGCACCAAGGAGAUGGAGUUCAAGUGCAUCCUCUUUGCCCUGUGCUACUUCCACGCAGUGGUGGCAGAGAGGCGCAAGUUCGGCGCCCAGGGCUGGAACCGGUCAUACCCCUUCAACAACGGGGACCUCACCAUCUCCAUCAACGUGCUCUACAACUACCUGGAGGCCAACCCCAAGGUGCCCUGGGACGAUCUCCGCUACCUUUUUGGUGAAAUCAUGUAUGGCGGCCACAUCACAGAUGAUUGGGACCGUCGGCUGUGCAGGACCUACCUGGCCGAAUACAUCCGAACAGAGAUGCUGGAGGGAGACGUCCUGCUGGCCCCCGGCUUUCAGAUCCCCCCCAACCUGGACUACAAGGGUUACCACGAAUACAUCGAUGAGAACCUGCCCCCUGAGAGUCCCUACCUAUAUGGCCUGCACCCCAACGCAGAGAUUGGCUUUCUGACGGUCACCUCAGAGAAGCUGUUCCGCACUGUCCUGGAAAUGCAGCCAAAAGAGACGGACUCAGGGGCAGGCACAGGAGUGUCCCGCGAGGAGAAGGUGAAGGCCGUGCUGGACGACAUCCUGGAGAAGAUUCCGGAGACUUUCAACAUGGCUGAGAUCAUGGCAAAGGCAGCCGAAAAGACCCCCUACGUGGUAGUCGCCUUUCAAGAAUGUGAAAGAAUGAACAUCCUGACCAACGAAAUGCGCCGUUCACUGAAGGAGCUGAACCUAGGGCUGAAGGGAGAACUGACCAUCACGACCGACAUGGAAGAUCUGUCCACGGCUCUCUUCUACGACACCGUGCCUGAUACGUGGGUGGCCCGGGCCUACCCCUCCAUGAUGGGCCUGGCGGCCUGGUACGCAGACCUGCUGCUCCGCAUCAGGGAACUCGAGGCCUGGACAACAGACUUUGCCCUGCCCACCACCGUGUGGCUGGCUGGCUUCUUCAACCCCCAGUCGUUCCUCACGGCCAUCAUGCAGUCCAUGGCCAGGAAGAACGAGUGGCCGCUGGACAAGAUGUGUCUGUCUGUGGAGGUGACCAAGAAAAACCGAGAGGACGUGACUGCUCCCCCCCGAGAGGGCUCCUAUGUGUAUGGACUCUUCAUGGAAGGUAAGGAGGGUUCUUUCUGUCUGCAGAAGCUUCCAGAGCCAGUGCUACUUGCCAAGACGAGAUAAAACUAGCUCUUGGCAGAGACAGGCUGUUCCAGAGCUGUGGGGGCAGGCAGGAGAGAGGUGCUCUCAGGGGGGCACCAGCCUGCAGGUCAGAGCCACCCUGGCCCUAGAGAGGGUUGAGGGGAUUCAGGGAAUGUGCAGCGGUCUGGAGGAGACCAAAAUCACCCCAGUCACUUGGCCUCUGCUUUACUGAAAACAGCAGAGCUUGUGUGAGAGCGGCUCCCACCUGAUGAGAAGCACUGAAAAGCUCAGGCUUUCCCUGCCGUGGAGCAGUGAGCCCAGGACCGAAGUGCGUUUUGUGGCUGCGCUGAGACUCCAGGGCAGGCUGACCGGCCCAGUCCCACCCGCUCCCCAGCUGCUGCGGCUCCUGGAGCACAGGGUUCAAGGGAAACGAGGCUGGCGCACCUGUUAGAAAUCCACCCCCACAUCACCCCUAUGCUGCUACACAGAAGAGGUCAGACGGGACAACGAGGCCGGCCAUCUCCUCAGCCCGCCUCUGAGUUGGGCAGCAAUGCCACCACCACAUACCUGUCCCCUUCAACAGCUGACAUCACCCUGUUACCUGUGGAGUGGCAGGGCUGGGCCGGCAAUGGCUCAGGCGCCCCAUUUCCUGCACAACCAAAGAUAAGCUCUCCAUGUUUAUUUUGCGAUUUCAGACAGGAAAUAGAACAUCAUUAAACAGAGCGAGUAGAAAUAAUAGUCUGGUUGAAGGCAAAUAAUAUUUAUAUACAUAGCUGUAUGCACACAUAGAGCAGACAUUACACAUGAAGAAUCAGGGAACUUUAAUUUUAGCUGGAGUUAUGAUUUCCUGCCACUGACAUUAAGGCUGACAGAUGAGGCUCUGAAAAAGCCACAGAUUUAAACGGAUGGAACCCGAGGGCUUUAGCUGAGCGGUUCCCUGUGCCCAGCGAGACGGGGUAGUUACAACAUGCACGCCAUCACCUACGAAGGCCUCUGCUUCCUGCUGUGGCACCUGGCCUGAAGCCUUUUGGGGUGGAGGCCCCUCCCUUCCUUACUGGCCGCACACCCGGCCCUCAGCCAUGCUGUCCCUGCAGGCGCUCGCUGGGACACCCAGACUGGAGUCAUCGCGGAAGCGCGGCUGAAGGAGCUGACCCCAGCCAUGCCUGUCAUCUUCAUCAAGGCCAUUCCUGUGGACCGCAUGGAGACCAAGAACAUCUAUGAGUGUCCUGUGUACAAAACACGCAUCCGCGGUCCCACCUACGUCUGGACUUUUAACCUGAAGACCAAGGAGAAGGCAGCGAAGUGGGUCCUGGCAGCCGUGGCGCUGCUGCUGCAGGUUUAGCUCCCCCCCCCGCCUCACGGCCCACGCUCCCCGGGGCUGGACCACGACUCAGCCCUUCACUUUACAGGAACUGGUGGUUGCUUUUGUUCUCUUAAAUAAUCAAGGUGCUUUGUAACCAAGCACAUCUGAACUAACCAGAGGGUGGAGGUUGGCGUGGAAGAGGUGGGGCAGAUUAAAGCCAGUGGAGCCAUUCAGCUGUGCCCAUCUGACUCCAUUCUAUGCCUGAUGGCCACCGUAGGGCCUGGCUCAGGCUUUGGGGAAAGGCCCCAAUUCCCAGCAGCCAGAGGCAAGCAUUCCAGGAAGCAAACCCCAAAUCCUGACUUCCUGGGGGGGGUGUCAGUGGGGUUUGUUUUUAACACGAGCAGCAUGUGCGGUGAAGGCUUGGCACUCACACCCUCUGGCCUGAUGCUACAUGCAAACCACCUGCCAAUGAGGGGACAGGGCGUUACCCCAUAACAGGAGCUGCCGCCUCCACACAACGUCUCAUCUGCCAUUACUCCCCACUCCCAAAAACAACAGGACCUUUUACAAGUAAGGAAACACACCCAAGCCCCCGCCCCCAGAGUCUAGAAGAACAAGCCGUUCCCACAAGCAAGCCGGGCCUGUGGGACUCUGUGGCUGUGCUGAUGCAGGACACGGCAGUGAGGUGGCCAGGCUGGCUACGGCAGCAGGGUGCAGGCACAAAGGAAGGGGAUUAACUAGCAACCUGGGGGAUGAGGGGAGGCAGCUGUAAACGCCAGAAAAGAUAGAUCCCAGGGGGACCAAGAUAGGGUCCUCAACAUUUUUUUUUUUUUUUUCUUUUUUGGAGACAAGAGUUUCACUCUUGUCGCCCAGGCUGGAGUGCAAUGAUGCAAUCUCGGCUCACUGCAACCUCCACCUCCUGGGCUCAAGCGAUUCUCCUGCCUCAACCUCCCAAGUAGCUGGGACUACAGGCACCCACCACCACACCCAGCUAAUUUUUGUAUUUUUAGUAGAGACAGGGUUUCACCACGUUGGCCAGGCUGGUCUCAAACUCCUGACCUCAGGUGAUUCACUGACCUUGGCCUUCCAAAGUGCUGGGAUUACAAAUGUGAACCACUGCGCCCGGCCCUCAAAGUUUCUUAGGCUUCAAAGCAAAGCAGGCUGGUGCAGCGGCUCACACUUCUAACCCCAGGAGGGCGGGAUUACUUGAGCCUAGGAGUGUUUUAAGACCAGCCUGGACAACAUGGCAAAACCAUCUCUGCCAAAAAUACAAAAACUGAGCCGGGAAUAUUGUAUGUGCCUGUGGUCCCGGCUAGUCAGGAGGCUGAGGCAGCAGGAGGGUCGCUUGAGCCCAUGAGGUCAAGUAUGCAGAAAGCCAUGAUCAUGCCACUGCACUCCAGCCUGGGUGACAGAAUAGACCCUGUCUCAAAAGGGGGAAAAAAGGCAAACACACGCACUAGGAAUGUCUUUCUAAGUUCAGCUUGAGGAUCAAGUUUUGCAAAAACAUUUUUCCAAGUUUACUCACCUAAAUCAUGGGUUAAGAAGCAUCUAGGAAAUCCAAAUUCUGAGGGUAAUGAUUCACAACAAUCUUAGGGCCCAGUAGGGCUAUCGGAGGGAGAAGAAAAACAUCCCUCAGAUCCUCUCUUCCUGGCGCCCAAGGAAGGAAUCCAGCCCCUUUGGGGCUGCAGAGGAGGCAGUUUCAGCCUCCCCCAGCCUGGCUGGGCCAAUACCUCUGCUGGCCAGGAGGGGUCACUGCAGCCCUUCAUGUGACCAGGGGAGAUAAAGCUGCCAGGGGCCACCAAGCAACUCACUUCAGUCCCUGGUAAUAACCACAAAAUGUGAAGUUUUUCCAUUUUGCCUUUAAAUCAUGAAAUAAGAGUAAUCUAUUCCACACAUAUACAUCGUGGGUAGUUGACAAAAUUAUCUCUAAACCUUCCAAGAGAUGAUUCGCACUUAAGCUGCACUCCAGCGACGGGGAACACAGGGACUGGAGCACAACAGCCCCGUGCACCUAGAACGCCAGGAGGACUGCGGCGGCAACCACCCACUGUUCUCUGUUGCUGUGGUUGCUCUGCAGAGUUAGGGAGCCUUGGUCUAGGGGAGCUCCUCGGGGAGAACCUGCCUCAGACAGCCUCGAAGGUCAUUAGCCGAGACAGAGGGAGCAGUGGUGCGCUGCGGGAACAGCACUGCAGAUGGCUUCAGCCGGGCUGUGGCACAAUGAUGUUUACUCUGGUCCCACAGAAUCUGGAGGAAUGCGAACUCUGUUUACCGAAAGCCUCUCUCCAAACAGAAACCCACUGCCCCUGCACAUUCCUUUGGCUCCUCUAGUCUAAUUGUCCCACAAGACAUAGUAAUGACUAGUUUGAAGGCAAACUGUUACCUGACGUGCUGCUGCCCAGGGCAGUGUGGCCAGGCCGCCACUCCAUCUAUCCCCAGCCACUCAAACUGCAGUUCUGCCUGGUGCGGGGGCUGUAGCUGCCCUUGUCUGAGACCAGGUGAGCCCAUGCAACCAGACCCCAUGAAGGGUGACAGUGACUGCUGCCAGCCCUCGGGAGGGAAAGGCAAGAAGCUGCUUCUAGAGAGGCAAAAUACAGAGACUCAAUCUAAUCUCACUCCACGAAAGGAAAGGCUGCCAUGCCCUGCAGCCCAGGAAGCUGCUCUCUGUGCCAGGGUCAAGCACCUGAAGCUAAAGAGAUCAGGCAAUGAGGUUACGAAAGCUGCUCCUGGAGAAUUGGGGGGGUGGAGAGCUGGCUUUAUAAACACACGACGUGUAUUCGAAAUCCCUGCUACUAGGUGACACAAAAAUGUUUUAAGUAGAUCCAACACAAAGUUCAUUCUUCAAAACAUAAAUUGCUAGGGCAAAAACAAUCACAAGGUAUAGUCCUUAAAUGAACUUCAAGUCAAUCGAAAAAAUUAAGGCAACUGGAAUUGUGAACACCAUUUAGGUAUUUGAUGACAGUAAGACAUUCUUGGUAAUUUUUGUUUUAGGAGUGACACUGGUGCUUUUUUGGUUAAGUAUAUAUUUUGGGGGAAGAUAACAGGAUAUGCACGUUAUUUAGAAAUAGACACGUGUGCAUAUCAGAAACAAGCCAAAGUGGCUGCCUGAGGGAAGGGAGGGCAGGAAAUGGCCGCAGUAUUGUUUUACUCUCUACAUUUGCACAUAGUAUUCAAAUAAAAUUAAAAGUAAUUAAAAUAACUAGGAGAAGUUGCAA